AUGUCCACUGACCCUACGGAGGCACAAUUCAUGAAGAUGCUUACCUUCAUGAAGCAGCCGAAGCAGGUGCUGGAGAUUGGCAUGUUCACCGGGUACGGUGCCAUGGCUAUCGCAGAGGCCCUGCCUGCAGAUGGCAAGAUCACAUCUCUGGACAUCGACCCCUACCUGAAGACCUGGGUCGAAGAUGUUUCGAAAGACUUUCCGGAGGGUGCUAAGCACGAGAUCGUGGUGGGCCCGGCUCUGGACUCUCUGCAGACCAUCGAAGGGAAGUAUGACCUGGUAUUCAUUGACGCUAACAAGGCUGAGUACAAGGCCUAUGUCGAGACCCUCAUGGAGCGCGACCUUCUGGCUAAGGAUGUGAUGAUCAUUGCGGACAACACGCUCUACGUCGGCUACCCGAUGCUGUCCGAGACCUAUGACACCCAGCCUGCUCGCCGAGGCUUCGGAGAUGCGGUUCGCGAGUUCAACGCCUGGGUCCGGGACCACCCCAAGCUGGAGCAGGUCAUCGUGCCCAUCCGGGAUGGUGUGUCCAUGAUUCGCCUCAAGUGUCUGAGCACCAGCCGGCCGCCGCUUGUCAAAGCUGCUGUUGCGUGGAAAUCUCCACAUGGUAAGGUGCCAUUUUUGUACCUCCACUACAGUCUCUUUGCCAUGGCGAACCAAUCUUCUGGCAGCAAGGGUUACGUGGGCCGUUUCGAUGGAACCCAGGCCGAGCAGGUAACGAUGACGACGCACGACAAGGAGGAGUCCAUGGCUGCGAGGGGCACCAGGGGGCGCAGCGCUGCCAAGUGGUCAAUCUUCUCCGAGCGCAUUGAGGGUCUGGCGAAGGAGAUGUACAUGCUGGUUGGCUCGCUGGACCCAUAUGUUCGGGAUCACUCCACUGCUGAAGGCCCUGCCAUGGCAGCGAUCCACAAGAAGAUGGACGAAACCGACUGGAAGUCUCUGGCUGAGUCCAAAACCACGAUGUUUUCCUAUGGAGAGGAGAUGUCCACAGAUCCCAUAGAGGCGCAGUUCUUGAAGAUGCUGACCUUCAUGAAGCAGCCAAAGCAGGUGCUUGAAAUCGGGAUGUUCGCCGGCUACGGCGCCAUGGCUAUCGCGGAAGCCUUACCUGCAGAUGGUAAGAUAACGUCUCUGGACAUCGACCCUUUCCUGAAGACCUGGGUCGAAGACGUCGCCAAGAACUAG